GUCAACAAGCAUGACCGACUCUCAAAAAAGUCGCAGAUAUGUACGGUCCUGAAACUGUCCAGUUUACCUUGCAGUUGUUCCCGUUGCCAUAUCACACAAAUGCAUUCCUAGCGGCACAAAGUGUUUAUGCUGUGGAAGCUUACAAUACUUCCCUUGUGAUAAGCUGGAUGGAUGUCAUAUUUGAGAACCAGAACCAACUCUAUGAUUUCCAGACUAUGGACAAAAACAGAUAUGAUGUCAUAAACAUCAUUGCUGAUUUAGGAAGUAAAAUUGACAUUGACAAGACUGUUAUCAAGGAUGGACUUACAAACACAGAAUAUAAUGAACAUACAAGAAUCUCUUGGAAAUAUGGUUGUUCAAGGACAGUUUCUGGAACUCCAUUUUUCUUCUUGAAUGGGGUUUUUGUUAGCCAGGCAUCUGCUGCUUGGACUGUGGAGGAAUGGAAACAGCUCAUUGAUCCUCUACUGAAGUUAGAUGUUCGUGACUUUUUGAAGUUGUGAUUGCUGGAAUAUUGGCACCCCAUUACAAUACUGGUUGAACCACUUAACUUCUACAUCAAGAAAAAAAGAAUCUCCUUGACUUUUUUUAUUUUAAAACACUUAAAAUUACUCUGUUAAGUCUGCUGAUUAGUGAUGAGAAGAAGUCUGCAAGAUUUUGUUUUGCAACAAUAUCAGAGCUAACUUUCAAACCUCCUCAAGGUUAUCUGCUAUAGAAAGACUCACCGAGGAAAUUCUUCACACAAGGCCAUCCAAACCCGAAAAUGUCUGCCCACCACUCGUCACAAACUACCCUCCAUUCUCCACUUGCUUUAGUGCAUUAAUUUGGAUUUGUGAUCACUCUUUUUUUUUGGCCGACAACCUCAUCCUACAUUCACCACAUCUGACUGCAAGUCCAAUAGAAAAAAAUUAAGAUCAUUCAUUAUUUGUGAACACGGAAUAAUUUAAGAAAUGUUUUAAGUUAAGCCUUUGCGAAAGGAAAAACAAUCGGUAAGAAGUAACCACGAAAUAAUCUCACCGUUGACUUCUUUGAGGAGGUCUAAAGAAUUUAAUAUGCAUGGGAAAAAAAGUAUUAUUUUAAUAUCACACAAAAACGUCACAGCUUUAUUUAGACUCAGGUCCUACAAGGCGAACAGAAGCUCAGUGUUAUGUCGUUAUCAUGAUCCAUUAUGCCAAACGUUACAGGUAAAGGAAAACAAAUGUAUAUCGCACAGAUAACAGUGAAGUGCUUCAACUUUUUCCGUCGUGAAAGCAGAAUUACUCUUAGACAUGGGGCCCUUUGAUCAGUCUUGUUCGAGAGUGCAGCGUUACUUGAUGCGACGAAAUU